GCCCCAUUGGUCACUUCCUGGAUGUGAGAACAGCUUCACAGAGUAUCAAGCAGAUGAGGAAACAGAGAAGUAACGGUGCUGCAGCGCUUUCUCUUUUGUCGUUUCAGAAUCGCUCUGAAACAAUGAACAACGCUGGACUUUAACUCUUGGAUUACAGUACGCACAGUGAAGGAUGCAAGGUGCAAUAGCACGGGUUUGCAUGGUGGUAGUAGCCGCUAUCCUCAACCACCCGCUGCUCUUCCCUAAUGAGAACACCACCAUCCCUGAGCAAGAUGAUGAGCUCCUGACCCGUAUGAAGGAGCACCAGGAAAAACUGGAGGCUGAACAGAAGCGCCUGGAAGAGGAGAUCUCACAAACCGAAACAGCUCUGAUCGUUGAUCAAGAAGGUUACAGCUGGUACUUUUGGAGCACUCUCUGCCUAGUCAUAUUCUUUACAAUUGAGGUGUGCAGGCAGGAUAUAAUCCCUACUGAAAUUCCAGACUCCGUGGAAGAUGAAGAUGGAGAUUCCAACGCUGAAUAUAUCAGCGCUAAGAAUGUAGCCCUAGAUAAAGGUGUCUUGAGUAACUUCUGCAAGACCCGCUUCCAUCCUUUCAUCCACGAGAGCGUGAGAGUGCGAGAGUUCAUCGAAGGCUUUGCGGAUGAUUUGCUUGAGGCUUUGAGAAGUGUUUGCGAUCGAGAAUCUGACCUGGAAGUUGAGGACUUUGUUUGCAUAGGCAGUAUGUUUGAGUCCUGGAGGGUGUCUAAACCUCCUACGUGCGAUCUCAUUGUGCCUUUUGCUCCUCCACAGCCAUUCAGUUUCCAGUUUCAGCUCUGGUGCGACCCUUCCAUUGAAAUCCCACUGGACUUGCAAGGAUGUGGAAGGAUUAAACUAAUAAAACCAGGUGGGAAUGGCACCGACUGUCUUUGUGGCUCAGCCAAUCUCGGCGAUGACAUGCUAUGUCUGCUUCACAAUAGAAAUGAGUGUGAAAAGCCUGAGGAACACACUUUGGUGGAGCUACUAUGUGAGAAGAACUCCUCGUAUUUGUCGAAAGAUCAGAUCAUGAGAUGGUUCCAGAUCUCGGUGAGCAAAGCCUGGGGCCAGAUCGCUCACAAGUACGAUUUUGAGCUGGCGUUUCGGAACCUGGACUUCCCUGGUGCUCUGAAAAUAAGAUUUAGGUCUGGAAAGAGUGUCGUUCUCAACAUCACCCCUGCUGUUCAAUUUGAGGACACGGAUGCUUACCUCAUCUCUCAUUUCCCAUCUGACACUAGCAACCCCUCAGAUACUCACUGGCAACUCUCACUAACCGUUUAUGAAAAGAAUCUGCUUAAACAUCUAGGAAAAAAACUUCCUACAAAUUCGUGUCAUGUUCACUGUCUUCAGAUAGUGUCCUUCUUGCACAAAAAGCAGACGGCUUUGACUGGGAGAAGCGCCUUUUCUAAUUACCAUAUAAAGACGGCACUUUUGCAUCUGCUGUUGAGUAAACGUCCCGCAAUGUGGCAGGCGCAGAAUCUUGAUGACAGAUUACGAGAUCUGCUCAGCUUCCUUCAGCAAAGCCUGGAAGAAAAGAGACUCUAUCACGUUGUUGUUGGGAACCCUCGCAUGCCUGUUGAAGUUCUGGUUCCCAAAAUAAUCCGUACUGCAGAACCAAUAAACCUGUUUAGGCCUCUUGUGUUGCAGAGGCACGUAUAUGCCAAAAUGGAGGAACACUUUCAAGAGAUGGUCAGAAAUACCUCUGUGCUUGUUCAAGAAUAUACACCACACGUGUCUAACGGUUACAUGAGACAUGAAUUUAGCUCAGCAGAUCAGAUGUAGACUUACUCACCGAUCUGAUUUUGAGUGCAGGGGAUUUCUACAGCCUAAUUACAUGAUGACGUUUUCCGCCUCAAAUGUAAACAUGCACUGACUGUUACUGAUGCUAUUUUGAUAUUUGGGUGUUUUUUCAACUAUGCGCACUUUUUUGGUUGCAGGGGCCAAAUUCUUUUACAUUUUUGCUAUAUGAAGGUCACUUUAAAGCGUUCCUGGAAACUUGGAAAUUCUUUAUAAUUGUUUUUUUUUUUGGCUACAUUUCAAAUGCUUUUUACCGUUGUACUCUUGUCAUUAUGGCAGUGUUUUAAUGCCACGUUAAAAAAUAAAAAAAAUCUAAGAUGCGAUUAUUAAAGUCAUAAUAUUUAGAGAAUAAAGUCAAAAUAUUACGAGGAUAAAGUCAAAAUAUUUUGAGAAUAAAAUCUAAAUUAUGAGAAUAAAGUCGAAAUUACGAGAAUAAAGUCAAAAUAGUUUAGAAUAGUCAAAAUAUUAUGAAAAUAAAGUAAAAAUAUUUAAAAAAUAGUUGAAAUAUUUAGAGAAUAAAGUCAAAAUGUUUUGAGAAUAAAGUCAAAAUGUUUUGAGAAUAAAGUCAAAAUUAUGAGAAUAAAGUCAAAAUGUUUCAUGAAUAAAGUCGAAAUUACGAGAAUAAAGUCAAAAUAUUUUAGAAUAGUCAAAAUAUUAUGAAAAUAAGUUAAAAUAUUACAAAAAUAGUUGAAAUAUUUAGAGAAUGAAGUCAAAAGGUUUUGAGAGUAAAGUUGUUUAGAGAUUAAUAUUGAAAUUGCAAUUAAAAAAGUCAAAAUAUUACAAGAAUAAAGUCUAAAAUUCUCAAACAUUUCGACUAUUCACGAAACAUUUUAACUUUAUUCCUGAAACAUUUUGACUUUAUUCUCGUAAUUUUGACUUUAUUCUUAAAACAGUUUGACUUUAUUCUCAUAAUUUUGAGUUUAUUGCUGAAAUAUUUAGACUUUAUUCUCGAAAUAUUUAAACUUUUUGUAAUUUUGACUCUAUUCUUGAAAUAUUUCAACUUUAUUCUCAAAAUAUUAUGACUUUAAUCUCAUAAUUUUAGAUUUUUUUCUUAGUCCUAGACUGAGACUUUCAAUCUUAAAAUAUGAAAACCAUCAACCACCUUUUUUGGUGUACUUUUCACAACAAACUUUGCCUUUAAUAAUAAAAAUAAGUUUAAUAAUAAUAUAAAGGUCAGUGAAGUGCAAGUUUAGGUAAGAUUUAAUGUGUAAAAAAACCCAAGUAAAAUCAAACAAAAUAUCACCUGUGAACAGAUACUUUCCAACACAGAAUGUUAACAAACACAAUGCAUAAUUUGAGAUGUGACUGAAAUGAUAUUUGCUGCAAUAAAAUAAUAGGAUUUUAAGAAAGUUUAUUUUCAUAAAAUCCACAGGGCCAAAAAGUGCCAAAGGUUGAAGAAACGCCCACUUUCUAUUCAUCAUCGUUUUUGGCAGCUGAUUCAGGAUCUUUGAACGAUGAGAUAUUGCAAAUGAUGUAAUAUCAUGUUAAUGAUGUAAAUUCUGUCACUUUAUUAGAGUACUUUGGAGUUUUGAUCUUGUCUGCCACCACAUAUGGGGUUGUUGAAUUUCCUAAACAAAGUAUGGGCAACAAGCACAUCUGAUAAACAACUGAAAAAAGUGCACAGUCAUGUACAGAAGCAGUUCCACAGGUUUAAGAAGGCCUGUCUUUGAUUUACAAUGCACUAUUUAGAUUUUAGAUAGCAUUCUGUUCCUUUUUUUUUAAGCCAGUACAGUAGCAGGUAGAUGGUUUUACGUAAGACUCUUUCUAGUCUUCAUUAUGAUUUAAAAAAAGCAGAAAUGCACUAAACAAACUUUUAUGCAGUAUGCAGUUGUGCAGUUUCCCCUCCCAGGAAGCUAUGUUGUGCAACCUCAUAGCUCAGUAGCAUUUCACUUGCAACCAAAGAGGAAACUGGUGAUAUAUAUUGAUUUAAAAUUCUAUUUAUGCAUCUGGCGAGUGUUUUUAUCGAAAGCAACUUGCACUGCAUUCAGGGUACACAUUUGUUUUAUCAGUUCUUGAUUUCCCUGAAAAUCAAACCCAUGACCUACUGGAGAGAUAAGGGAAUGAAGGAAUAAACACAAGGAUGUAUGAUUUGCCCAUAAUGUUUAUGGUUUGAACAUUUGCUUUAUUUAUAUUCAUGUAUAAAUGACAAACAUGUUAAUAUACCCAUUAUAUCCUUUUUUACAUGGUCAUCUGUGAUCUAGUCUAACAUCUAAGGCUUAAAAGCUAAAUUUGCUGUAACAUUCAAUAUAAAAAUACUUAGAUUAUGAAAAUGAUAAUAAAAUCCACACACGCA